CCUUUCGGCUGUGGAUUAGCCAUGCCUGCCCCAAUCUCGAGUGUUGUUUUUCUCCGAGGCAAGAUGGCUGCGGCGGUGGCUGGGGCCGCCCCACUGGGCAAGGGGCUGGACAUCAGCCUGGCGGCUCUGCAGCGACACGACCCCUAUAUCAGCAGUAUCCUGGACGUGGCCAGCCAGGUGGCGCUCUACACAUUUGGGCACCGAGCCAACGAGUGGGAGAAGACUGACGUAGAAGGGACACUGUUUGUUUAUACCAGAUCAGCUUCACCAAAAUAUGGUUUCACCAUUAUGAAUAGGCUGAGCAUGGAGAAUCGUACUGAGCCAAUAACUAAAGAUCUAGAUUUCCAGUUGCAGGACCCUUUCCUACUUUACAGAAAUGCCAGAUUGUCCAUUUAUGGAAUUUGGUUUUAUGAUAAGGAAGAAUGCCAAAGAAUUGCAGAGCUCAUGAAAAAUUUAACUCAGCAAGAGCAACUGAAAGCACAGCAGGGGACUGGCAUAGGAAUUUCUCCAGUAAGCUUGAAUUCGGGUGAAAGCAAGGAGGUGGAUAUCUUACGGAUGCUCACCAAAGCCAAAGAUGAAUAUACCAAGUGUAAGACAUGCUCAGAGCCGAAACAAAUAACCAGCUCUUCCGCCAUAUACGACAACCCCAACUUGAUCAAACCAAUCCCAGUGAAGCCCAGCGAUACGCAGCACCAGUGCUUACCUCAACAAGUCCAGAAUGUAGACCCUGAACCACAGCACUUGUCCCUAACCACACUCUUUGGGAAGCAAGAAAAACCCAGCACACACCAAGAUACCUCAGAGCAUUCGCAGAAACAGUACCAAGAGAACUUUCCCCUGAGGCAAGGAGUUGUGCGCUCUCUGUCUUAUGAAGAACCCAGCAGGCAUUCGCCUACAGCAGAGAAGCAGCUUUGCCCGGCCAUUCAAAAGCUCAUGGUCCGUGGGGCAGAGCUUCACCCCGUCUCUGAACUUCCUGAGAGCCGCCAGUGUGAAAACGGCAACCCUCACGCCACGGGGGAGGUUUUCACCGGACUCUUUCAGCCCAUGGCUUCUCACAGUAUUAGAACAUCCCAUCCGGUUCAGGACCCGAAUGGCACUCGGAGCCUGUUACACCACCUGCAGGGCCAGUCGGGACAGAUGACCAAGAUGGACGCCGUUCCGGCAAGCUCGGCUCCAUCCAUCUUCAGCAGCGCUCCUGUUGCCUCCUCAGCAGCCCAGGUAAACAGCAUAACUCAGCCACCUCUCAUGUAUUUCAAUGGCGUCCUCCGAGGCCAGACUGUGGGCCCUCCAGCCCUUGGUAAAGAACAAUCCAAACUUCCUGGGCAGACGCUUCCUCUUUCAGGGAACCAGUCCAGCACUGCUGGAGUAAUUUCACCACAAGUAUUGUUAAAAAAGCUCCAGAUAGUGCAGCAGGAGCAGCAGUUGCAUGUAUCCAGCAGGCCGACUUUGGCAGCUAAGUUUCCCGUGGUUACUCAGAGCACCACGUCUGUGAAACCUUUGGACUCCUGGAUGGACAAGGCUUCCAAUGCAGAAAAGCAGACCCCUCUUUUUCAGGUCAUCUCACCGCAGCGCAUUCCUGCUACUGUGACUCCAUCACUGCUGAUGUCCCCGAUGGUGUUCACUCAGUCAGCCCCAGCCCCACCGAAGCCCAGCGAAAGCGGGUGGCUGCCUGUCGGGAACCAAGAAUCGGCUUCUGCUUCGACUAACCUCCUCUUGCCUGUGCAGAACCCGGAGCCUUCUGUUGUGAACAGCACACCACUGACAAAGCUGCAGCUGCAGGAAACGUUGCUACAUCUGAUCCAGAAUGAUGACAACUUCCUGAACAUCAUCUAUGAUGCCUACCUUGGCAGAGUGAGAAAAGCAGCUCUGAAAAAGCCCAUGUGAAACCCACGUCUUAAUUAACGAUUUGUGAUGUUUGGCACUUGCCUUUUUAAAACAAAAACAGCAGUCAAGCAAAACAAGUGGUCUUUGGCUUUCUGCAUACCUUUAAGUGAUGCUCAUUGGCAAGUACAGGCUGUACUAAGAAAAUGAGUAAGUGGGAGCUGAUUGUGCCUUCUGGGGGGGUGGGGAGAGACUGUCACUGCGAAAAGACAAGUGUAAAUGAAAAGACAUGCUUACAAUGUCCCCCCCCCCCUUACAUAGGCCAACUUUUAGAAAGACCGACACUUUCUAUUUGGGCCUCUCACCCUGGAUUUUGACACUUACAAAGUAUUAAUUGCCAGAGUGUUUUUAAUGAGAUCUUUGACCAGAGGUGGCAAGAAUGCUAUUGCGCAGCACGAUUUUACAGGAAACGGUGCUGAUUGAUGACCAGUAGAUGGCAAUCUAGGACUGUUGUUUAGAUCAUGCAACUGUUCUGGGAACUCUGCUUGGAGAUGGAGGAUAGCUGAAAACGAAAUGGCAGAAUUGCCCAUGACGUAGUCCCUUCAGCCCACUGGAACACCAUCUCUGUUUACAUUUGAAACCUGUUUUAUCAGAGACGGUGGCCGGGCAGAAGUAAUUGAGUGAUGACACCACGUGCUUUCAUAUCAUCUGUGGCUUAGGGAAGAACACCACUUGUGCACACCAAGAGUAUGACAGGACUCAGUGCACCUGUUUCUUUCGUAGAAGGAUGUGUCAGGUUUUUUUUCCUCCACUGUGUUUUGUGGAAGCACAUUUGCUAUUUAAAAACACAGGGAAGAGAGGUAGCCAAUCCAGAAAAAGUUAGGUACAUAGACAAUGGCAUUAAUGUUGGCACCCUUAAGAUCGCUUUGAUCUCUGCAAGACACCCCCCCUCACCUCCCGUUAUCUCCAGUCUGCUAAAUAUGAAAAAAGUCAACUUUCAAACUCUUUUUUUAAAGGGAAAAAAAAAACCAAGCUCCUUUUAUAAGCAUAUAUUUUUCUAUUUUGUGAUCAAUAUGUUCAUAGAAGCCAGCGGAUGAAAAAAAUGUAACUCUCAGAAAUCAGUACUUUUACUUCUAGCUGCUCUUGCCUUCUGAUGUAGAUGUAGGCUAGUACCAAGCCACAGUACUUCAGUGUGCUUCUAGGGGACAGCUGCGUAGUUUUUAACAUUCUUGUUAAAAGUAGAGAGAAGGAUAAAUAGUUUUCAUUUUCAUUGUGCUGUUCCAUGAGCAGAUGGACAAUGGUUUUAACAAUGUAUUUGUAAAAAAAAAAAAUUAAAAAAAUUGGAUUAUA